AUGUUUGAAACUAUUAAACAACAAGUGCAAAAUAAUGGCACUAAUAUUAUAAUGUUUAUUGUUAUUGGUGUCUUGGCUUUCACCAUGAUACGUAAAAUGAUGAGCACAGCCAGUGAUGAUGACAUUAGAAAGUACAUUAUAGAAGGUAAUACACUUGUUAUUGAUGUACGUUCGAGAGCUGAAUAUGCUGGUGGAAGUUUCCCAGGUGCCAUCAAUAUUCCUCACAAUGAAAUUACACCAAAUCAUCCUUCUCUUCCAAAGGACAAGUCUCACAAAAUGAUUGUCUUUUGUGCAAGUGGUAUGAGAAGUUCAACAGCAUUGGGUGUUUUGAAUGGAAUUGGAUAUUCUAAUGUAUUGAAUGCUGGUACACUUGGAAACAUUUCUAGAUUUGCCAGAUAUAAAAAACAUUAA